ACACGGACGUGCCCAAGCGAAGUCUCGCGCGAUCCUCUCCUAGCGCUCGCGGGAGGCCUGGCCCGCGGCCUCGGCGAAGAGGGGAGGGAGCGCCGCCCGCCAGGGAGCGCAGAAAUGGGUGUGCAGUCAGAAGAUGUAGAGCUCUAAUGUGGAGUUUGGGACAAAGUCAAUAAUGGCAUCAGAACUUGGCAAAACAAUCUCUGAGGCAAAGCUGGAAAGGCACAAGAACUUGUUCUUAAAUUACCGAAAUCUGCAUCAUUUUCCUUUGGAAUUAUUAAAAGAUGAAGGUCUGCAGUACCUCGAGAGACUUUAUAUGAAAAGAAACUCCUUAACCACCCUGCCAGAAAACCUUGCACAGAAGCUUCCAAAUCUUGUGGAAUUGUAUCUUCAUUCAAAUAACAUAGUUGUUGUACCUGAAGCUAUUGGCUCCUUGGUUAAACUGCAGUUUCUGGACUUAAGUGACAAUGCUCUUGAAAUUGUGUGCCCUGAGAUUGGCCGCCUGAGGUCUUUACGUCACCUUCGAUUGGCCAACAACCAACUGAAAUACUUACCUGCAGAAGUUGGAGACCUGAAGGAGCUGCAGACCUUGGACAUUUCGACCAACCGUUUGAUAGCUUUACCUGAAAGACUGCAUAUGUGCCUUUCUCUGCAGUACCUGAGUGUUGAUGGGAAUUAUCUGUGGUGUGUCCCCCGCCACCUCUGCCAACUCCCUAGCCUCAACGAACUGUCCAUGGCUGGAAACUGUCUUGCAUUUCUGCCACUUGAUUUAGGUCGUUCUCGAGAACUGCAAUAUGUUUAUGUGGAUAACAAUAUUCACCUGAAAGGGCUGCCUUCCUAUCUGUAUAAUAAAGUCAUUGGUUGCAGUGGCUGUGGCUCCCCUAUUCACGUUUCAGAGCUGAAGCUGCUCUCCUUUUCAUCAGGACAAUUAAGUGUGUUCCUCCCAGCAGAGGUGAAGUCUAUAGGGACAGAGACAGAUCAUGUGCUGCCUUUGCAAGAGCUAGCCAUGAGGACACUCUAUAACACCUACUACAGGUUUUUAAAAGAUUUCAGCUUCCUGACUCCAAUCUCAUUGCCCAAAAGUCUCUUGGAAUUACUGCACUGCCCUCUGGGACACUGUCACCGUUGUAGCCAGCCCAUGUUUACCCUAUCGUCUCUUUUUUUUUCCAGGCGGAGAACUGUUAGUUUUGUGGCAUACUGCUGCUCCACCCAGUGUCUGCAGACUUUUGACCUACUGAGUUGAUAAAUACUUAAAGCUACUCCGGAGCAUUGCCAGCUUAAAGCUGCAUUAGACUGUGUAUCCCAUUGGUACUGGAAUACUGUAUGUUUGUGUACAUGUGUGCAUACUCCAAAAUAGCAGAAAUGCUCAUUCAGGAACACUAAGAGGCAUUUAAGUCGUGCCCUGUAAUUUUGGAUGAAAUGCAAAAACUUGAAAAUGUAAUGAUCAAGAUUUCACAAGUAUUAACACCUUUGCUCUCCUCUAAGACAACAUAUAAAUCAACUAAUUCAA